GAAGAGAGAAUGCAGGAGGCUAUCUUCUCCUUCCGCAUUUUCCCGGAUUCUUCCUCAGUGUUCUCAUUUUACCAUAUUCUUUCGCACGUUUCUGCCCUCCCUUCUCCCACCCAACUAAAAGUGAGGAAAUAAAAUUACUUUCCAACAAAUGCUAGUGUAGCUAUAGUAGGCUGCUUCGUCCACAUGCAUUGGAGUCCUGGGCCCCGGCGUACCGGCUCCAGCCAUGUCGGCGAGGAAUGCAGUGGUGAGCGACGGUGACAGAGCAUCAGAAAAACAGUCAGUUAAGCACAAGAAUGGGCUGCUGUAGUGCUCUUCAGAUGGUGAGAGGUCUUGUCCACACCAGAGAGGAAAUCUACACGGUCUUGUAAAGACACUGUCCUAUUCACCUGGAACUGAUGGCUUGAAAGAGACGAGGGGAUGUGUUGGAGGAGGAACUUCAGAGCCAUUCUCUCUCUGUGUCAGGCCUGAUGACCCCUAGCUCUGCUGCUGCUAUGGCCUCUGGCAUCGACAUGCCCAGGAAACGCAAGGGCAGCAUGGACAACCAGGAAACUAAAUCCGCAAUGCAUGUGGAUGAAGACACGGAGGACGACCAGGACAGGUCGGAGGGUGAUGACCAGCAUGUGAAGAUCAAGUGUUUCAGGGAGCCACACAGUCAGAUUGAGAAGCGUCGGAGGGACAAAAUGAACAACCUGAUAGACGAGCUGUCAGGCAUGAUCCCCUCCUGCAACCCCAUGGCACGCAAGCUGGACAAGCUGACCGUGCUGCGCCUGGCGGUCCAGCACCUCAAGUCUCUCAAAGGUACCACUAGUUCCUUUGCGGAAGCCAAUUACAAGCCUUCAUUCCUGCCUGAUGAUGAACUCAAGCACCUUGUUCUCAGGGCUGCUGAUGGCUUCCUCUUCGUGGUCGGCUGUGACCGUGGAAAAAUAGUCUUUGUUUCCGAGUCUGUUUCAAAGACACUGAAUUACAGUCGGGCGGAGUUGAUUGGACAGAGUCUGUUUGACUACAUUCACCCAAAGGACAUUGGGAAGGUGAAGGAGCAGCUGUCCGCCUCUGAGCUGUACCCCCGCGAGAGACUCAUCGAUGCCAAAACUGGGCUGCAGGUGCAGGCAGACUUGCCUGUGGGGGCGGCUCGCUUCUGCUCAGGGGCGCGUCGCUCCUUCUUCUGCAGGAUGAAGUACAACCGCAUCACGGUCAAGGUGGAGGAGAAGGACUUCCCCUCCGGCUCCUCCAAAAAGAAAGAAUCCCAGAGAUACUGCACCGUCCACUGCACGGGCUACAUGCGCACGUGGCCCAUGAGUCAGCUGGACUCGGCGGAGGAGGCGGAGGGCGACAAGGAGAGCUCCCAUUUCAGCUGCCUGGUGGCGGUGGGCCGUGUGCACCCCCACUCCACGCCGCAGCUCAACGGCGAGAUCAAGGUCAAGCCCACCGAGUUCAUCACGCGCUGCGCCAUGGACGGGAAGUUCACCUAUGUGGAUCAACGAGCUACCACCGUUCUGGGCUAUCUUCCUCAGGAGCUACUGGGAACGUCAUGCUAUGAGUACUUCCAUCAAGAUGACCUGCCCCACUUGGCAGAGAGGCAUCGAAAAGUUCUAAGGACUAAAGAGAAAAUUGAGACAAAUUGCUACAAAUUCAAAACAAAAUACGGCUCUUUUGUCACCUUGCAAAGUCAGUGGUUUAGUUUUAUAAAUCCCUGGACCAAAGAAGUAGAGUACAUCGUAUCUACAAAUACUGUCAUAUCUGGUAAGAGCAGUGCCAGUGGGUCAGGGGACAAGUCUGGACAGCCAAGUAACUCCAGGACCUCUGAGGAUGACUCUAAGAAGACCCUGCCCAUCAUCCCAGGCAUCUCCACAACCCCAGGGACCAUGAUCUAUGCCGGGAGCAUCGGGACCCAAAUCGCCAACGAGCUGCUAGACUUCAACAGGAUGAACUCCUCGCCAUCCAGUGGGAAUGCAAGCCCUUUCAGUUUGCUGCAGGACAAAUCCCCACUUGCCAGUGGUCAAGCCAACAGCAACGUGCAAAAUGGGGAGGUGGCAGACAUGGAGAUAGCAGGCAAGUCCAACACUGAGGACGAAACGAGAAAUGCCCUCUUUAGUGGUGGCGACUCUCUCAUGGAGGGGAACUCCCAGCUGGACCUGGAUGGGGUCGGCGUGGCGGGCCUCGGGAACCUGAGCAGCGACGAGGCGGCCAUGGCGGUCAUCAUGAGCCUGCUGGAGACGGACGCCAACCUGGGCGAGGCCAUGGACUUUGACGACAUGCACUGGUCCCUGUGACGUCCUGCCACCAGGCUCCGUUUUUCAAAAAAACAAUUUCACUUUUUAAGGAAAAACUCCCCAUCUACACAAAGCAUCAGGUGUCCCCCUG